CUGGGUAAACCCAACACCCUGGAAUGCCUUGCAAGGGCCCACCUGGGUAAACCCAACACCCUGGAAUGCCUUGCAAGGGCCCACCUGGGUAAACCCAACACCCUGGAAUGCCUUGCAAGGGCCCACCUGGGUAAACCCAACACCCUGGAAUGCCUUGCAAGGGCCCACCUGGGUAAACCCAACACCCUGGAAUGCCUUGCAAGGGCCCACCUGGGUAAACCCAACACCCUGGAAUGCCUUGCAAGGGCCCACCUGGGUAAACCCAACACCCUGGAAUGCCUUGCAAGGGCCCACCUGGGUAAACCCAACACCCUGGAAUGCCUUGCAAGGGCCCACCUGGGUAAACCCAACACCCUGGAAUGCCUUGCAAGGGCCCCCCUGGGCAAAGCCAACAGCCGGGAAAGCCUUCCCAAGGGCCCCCCUGGGCAAAGCCAACAGCCCGCGGGGCUCCCCAAGGGCCCACCUGGGCAAAGCCAACAGACCGCGAGGCUCCCCAAGGGCCCACCUGGGCAAAGCCAACAGACCGCGAGGCUCCCCAAGGGCCCACCUGGGCAAAGCCAACAGACCGCGAGGCUCCCCAAGGGCCCACCUGGGCAAAGCCAACAGACCGCGAGGCUCCCCAAGGGCCCACCUGGGUAAAUCCAAUAGAUUGGAAGGCUUCUGAGGAUCCCAUUUUGGUAAACGCAGCAAUCUGCGGGAUCUCUCAAGGGCCCAUUAAGGCAGACGGGAAUGUUUCAACAUGUCCCAGAGAGGGGACUGGAGUUUUUCUUAGAGAAGAAGAGCACAGGUUCCGCCAAAAGGUACCUCAAACUGCAGUGACUAAGUCUCCAUUGUAUUGUCAAAUCAGAUUUCCCAUGAGAAAAGGGUCUUUAGUGACCAUUUUUUCACUAACAGAAUCAGGACUUUUUAAGACAGGGGAAGACCUAUGUGUGUGUGAAAAAUUCCUGAUGGGGACAUGCCAGAAUGACUCAUCCUGCCUCUGCUAUCACACCUUGUUACCCUUCCACUGGCAAUUUCAUCAUAAGUAUGAUAACUGUUGGUACAGUGUUCCCAUUGGAACCCAAAUGCACUUGGAGAUGAUUUAUGCUAAUCCCAAUUAUAAAGCUGCAAAAAUUGUAUAUCUUGGUAAAAUCUUCUACUUGGACAUGAAUUUAAGGAUAUUCCAGUCAUCCUCUCAUUCCUGUUUUGAUUAUGUGCGGAGGAUCUGCUGUAAAAGUGACAGCCCACUUGCCCCACCUUCUGAAGUUUAUUACCAUAGUAACUACAAGUGGAUUCCCUAUGACCAGGAAAAUGAGAAUCCAUCUAGCAAUCUGCAGACCCCGAAUGGGACAAAAAGAAAAUUGACAGCUACCCAGCUAAAGGAAAUGUAUAUAGUAAAAAUUAUGAAGAUCAGGAGGAUGUACAACUUAGGCAUGGGGUACAGAAACUGGCAUAUUGACUUCCUAAAACAGCUGGUGGAUCAAUUUGGCCGUGGUGUUAAGAAUCUACAGACUCUACAACCCUUACUUCUGGAAGCUAUACCUAAGGAAAAUGGCUAUGAGUAUGACGCUUGUGUGAAUGAUAUGAACACGCCUACCCUUUUUACUGUGUUCCGAAGAGAGCUUACCUAUCCCUACUUCAUUAUAUUUUACAAAUGUGUUGAAGAUCCAGUUCACUUGGUCUACUGA